CGCCUGUCCACAGUUGAGCUACCUUGAGCGCAAGACUUUCGUGUCAGUUUUCGACAGGAGAGAACUUUUAGGUUAAGUAUUCAGCAGACGAGGUUAUGUUUGAAUCAAAAGUAACGACGUAUCGUCGCAAGGAGCUGGCGUUUCGGCCGGCUUAAGGGGCGAGGACCCGGGACUGGAAUGUUUUGAUAAUCACUGAGCUGAGCUGUGCUGGAUAAAUUCUCGAGGAGGGGCUUGCGAUGCUUGCGAAGGGGGUCGUCACCCAGAUAGCCGAACACGUCCGCGGCCUGUCCGUCGGCAUCGCGGUGAUACUCGCUCUUUGCUACUGCCUCCAUCCUGGCAGGUUCGCAUCGCAUUACAGCCACAUUAAAACCGAAGACAUCUUUAAUGAGCUCGAGAAGGCGUACCUUCCUAAGAACAACUCAUGUGCCGUGAACAUCAGUGGCAAGUCGUCGCGACUUCUCUACCCGCUGAACGAGGCCAAGGAGAAUCCAACGGCUCUUGCAAGGCGCCUAGGAAUUCUGCCAGGCGGACAAUGGAAGCCCUCGAAUUGCCACCCGCUCUUCAACGUAGCCAUUAUCCUGCCGUACAGGAACCGCAAGGCCCAGCUUACGAUAUUCAUGAAUUAUAUCCAUCCCUUUCUUCAGGCACAGAACCUCGACUACAGAAUAUUUGUCGUCGAGCAAAGUCCCGGGCGCGAAUUCAAUCGGGCAAAAUUGUUCAAUGUCGGCUUCAACGAGGCGAUCAAGGCCAACGAUUUUCACUGCUUCAUCUUUCAGGACAUCGAUCUGAUACCCCAGAAUCUCGACAACAUAUACGCUUGUACCAAAAUGCCCAGGCACAUGAGCUCUAGCGUUAAUACAUUCCGGUACAACUUACCCUACAACGGAUUGUUCGGAGGUGCUAUUGCGCUUACUCGCGAACAUUUCAAACGUGCCAACGGUUUCUCCAACGUUUUUUACGGAUGGGGUGGCGAAGACGACGACUUUUAUAGCCGACUGCAAACUCGGGGGCUCAAGGUUUGUAGGUUUGGGCCAGAUGUCGCGCAAUACUACAUGUUAACACACGCUAAAGAACCGCCGAGCAGUGCGAGAUUCGUUAACCUCGAAACUGGGGCGCGAAGAUAUGAUACUGAUGGAAUAAGUAAUCUCGAGUACAGAGUGUUGACUCAUCAAUUACGUCCUCUGUAUUCGUGGAUACUAGCUGAUAUAUAAGCUUAGCACAAAUUGUUUUUUUUUUUUUUUUUUUUUUUCUGUGUUAGCAUUCGAAAUGUAACGUACAUUCUUCAUUCAUUCAGCUCAAUUGUCGUCACAGAAAGAUUAGUUUGAAUAACAUAUCUAUGUAAAAAAUGUAUGUAUGGUAAUGUAAAGGAAAUGUAAUAUAGUAAAGAAAUUCCACAUUUUACAAGCAAUACGCUGCCUGUACAUUUAUUACGUCUGCUUAUGAUUUUUUUCUCCAAAUACAUGGAUGUUUUGAAAAAACAACGAAUAUUGCUGACAAUGGGUGUACGCGUGUAGCUGUGUAUAUAAUAGCUAAAUCGAGUUGAAGCAAAGGAAUUAACAUAACAGUUCAUUAGGGCGUUAGUAAGAAGUAAUUUUUCUUUAUACACGCAUCACGCAUCAAUUUGAUACACGAAUAAAAAAGUAAAAUAAAGUCAAAAUUUACUGCUACCAUGUGAUAGUUAAGAUGAGCAUAAUUUCCUUAAAUAAGCGUACACUAAAAAUUCAUUCAAUUUCGUUUAUUUCACAUAAUUAGUUCAUGAAACGAUUCUUUAAAUAUCAAUUGGUUAUCACGAUAAAAUUACGUUUCGGAUCAAUUGGCGUGUUACUGGUCAUUAUUGUGUAUAGGCCACAUAGAGGAAUUUCUAGUACCGUUUAGAAGCGGCUAUAUAAUCAACAGUGAAAUAUUGUAAAUUGUUAUUUUCUUGAAAAUAUGGCAAAACGAAUACUAAAACCAAUAGUCUUACGAGGGAUUUACAAUUAUCAAAGGCACAGAUGUUUUAAAAGCAAUGAAACAAGUACGUGUAAACGACUCAUGUUAUGGUAACUUUUAAACAAUCUUUGUAUUAAAAUACACGGGAUUCUAAAAAAAAAUGAUAUAUAAUCAUCUGACUAUGAUUGCAUAAUAAUUGGUCUGAGUUCUCUUUGUGUCACUACAACAAUUCAUUAUGCUUCAAGAUGUACGUAGUAAACAAAGUGGGGAAAUAUCACGUAUAAAAAAAAAAGUUACAAAAAAGGGAGAAUCAACUCUCAUUCUGACGGAUGAACAGUUGUAUUACAUUUACUGGGGAGAAGCAGUGAGCGGGAAGUGACUGUUACUGUGGCAUAAUGUAAAAGUUAAAAAAAAAAGAAGAAACAAAUAGAAUUCUCCGCGACAUAUCUAUCGGUACCAGAUACAACGCUAGGUGCAUUCGAAUGCGAUCUAACAGUUCUAUUGUUUUGCUCUGUGUAAGUGUAAUGUCUUCCAUCGCAGGUAUCGAUAUUAUAUACACAAUUUACAUACAUAAUCGAUUACCAAUGUAUGCAUAAACAUGUAUGUAUAAUAUAUAUUAUAUAAUAAUUGUAUAUAAAA